AUGGACAACAUAGACACAUAUUUAGUGAACUUUAAAGGCUUUAACUUUGAUUUACCUGCCGUUGAUGUUGACUUUCUAGAAAACAUAGAAGAUUUUGAAAUUAGAGAUGAUGAUAUCUUUAUAAUUACAUAUCCCAAAUCUGGUACUGUCUGGGGUCAGCAGAUAGUAAGCUCGAUAUGCUUUGAGAAACAUCGUUACGGAACUGAAACGGUGGAAACGAUUGACAGAGCCCCCUUCUUUGAAUACAACAUACGCAAAAAAGACUUUCUCAAGAUACCAUCCCCUCGAAUCUUCUCUUCCCACCUCCCAUAUUAUUUAGUCCCAAAAGGUCUGAAGAACAAAAAAGCUAAGAUUAUUUACAUCUAUAGAAACCCCAAGGAUGUUUUGAAUUCAUACUUUCAUUUUUCAAACUUGAUGGUUUUAUUCCAAUUUACAAAAACUAUGGAAGAGUUUUUGGAAAAGUUUCUAGAUGGAAAAGUGGUAGGAAGCCUUUGGUUUGAUCACAUCAAAAGCUGGUAUGAGCACAGACAUGAUUUCAAUAUUCUGUUCAUGAUGUAUGAGGAAAUGAAAAUGGAUCUCAGAAGUUCUGUGCUUAAAAUCAGCCAUUUCCUUGAGAAAGAACUGAGUGAAGAGGACGUGGAAGCUAUUGUGAAGAAGGCAACAUUUGAGAACAUGAAACACGAUCCAAAAGCAAACUAUUAUGACAUUAUGCAUAAAGAAGUGGGGACAAGAAGUGAUGGACAGUUUUUGCGUAAAGGUGUCAUUGGAGACUGGAAAAACUACUUGACAGUGAAGCAAAAUGAAAGAUUUGACAGAAUAUUCCAAAGGAAGAUGAAAGAUUUUCCUUUGAAGUUCAUCUGGGAUAUAAAUGAGGAGUAG